UUUAAGACAUUCCGCAUAAAAAUGAUAUCCUUAACGACAACCUUUUGAGAUUCGAUGAUAGGGUCGUAACCAUGAUUUAAAAAUAAACAACUACUAAAUACAAUAUUUUCUUGUUGGAGCUGCUUGAUCAGAGGUUGGGAGAAAGUUUUUCAAACUUGCGAGGAAACUGUCAGGAAGAUGUCACAGAAAACAAUGGAACAAGAUAUGGUCAACCGAGAUCCUAACGAAAUAAACUCGCAUGUUAAGGUGGCAUUUGAGGAUGUGUUGGCUGAGCCAGAUGGCGCCCACAGCAUUGACUGUGUCUGGAAGGCCAGCUUCUUUUGCUUCAACUGCGGCAAGAACUGCUGUUACAAAUUGAUGACCACACUGCGUGGGAUUUUCAUCGCUCUGUCCUGGGGCUGUGAGUUUGCCUGCAUCACCUUUGAUCAAGUCUGGUGUGUAACUCCCAAUCUCCGAAUCUUCAGCAUCUACAUGGGGUGCGCUCAAAAGUACUUUGGAACGUGUGUUUCCUGUUUUUUGGCGCCAAUCUGUGAAACGUGUGGUCUCAUGUUUAGCAGCAUAACUGUGAAAAAUGCUUGAGUUUGGCAUUGACUUUGAAUCAUGUGAGCAACAUACUUUAAUUAUUUCCAUAGCAAGUAUAAUUGAAUUCUCUGUAUUGUUAUUAACCCAUUUCUUUUUAAGACAAAAAUAAAAUAUGCUUUGUUUUUUA